GAGGUAUAUAAUCACAUAGUCUCCCGUAAGCACUGGACUGACGCUGCUUCACACGGAUUCCAGAACCCCUCUGAAAAACCAUCCAUCUAAUAAUCAUCACAAUAUGGUCACCACAACUGAUACAGAUGUUUCAAGGAUGGUUGAAUACGAGUCCCUUAUCUCGUACUUUGUAGUCUCAUCUGCUACUCUACUCGUCUAUGAUUACUGCUUGACUUUGGGUCUCGAACGUCAUCUCGUGUGGUCCAAUCCAUACAGGUGGGCUAAUGUCCUGUAUUUGGUCCAGAGAUACCUCCCUUUGCUGGAUACCGCUAUAUUACUCACAGUCGCCGCAUUUUUAUCCGACCAUAUUAAUCAAAAAUACUGUGAUGCUAUACUGAUCUCGAGUCUUUGGUUACACUUUGUAGGAACAGCCUUCUCAGAAGUAUUGCUAUCGAUGCGAAUAUAUGCUAUAUCCCGCCAGCGCGUACGACAUCUCGGUUAUAUCAUGCCUGCAUGUUUUGCCCUCAUAUUAGUGGCGAAUCUGGUCGUAGCAUCCGUGCUCCAUACCAAAGAACAAAUUCCGCGUCCGCUUCGAGGUUGUCUGCACACAGACAAUCGUAUUGAUUUCACCGUUUUCAUUGGGACAUACGUCUUAUAUGACUGUGGGGGGUUUGUGCUCAUCAUCAUUCCUGCUAUAGUCGAAUACAAAAACAGGCAAUUUUCACCAUUGUAUGACUCCGUAUACCGUGACGGCGUAUUUCAAUACAUUCUUCUGCUUGCCAUGUGUAGUAUCAAUCUCGUUUUAGUGUAUGGAAAAUCAGUCCAGUUAUAUUACCUCUGCAUGCCGUAUGAUCUUCAUCUUGAAAAUUGCUGGCUGUUCAAUAACAUUUUCUUCUAGCAUGCUUCGCGCCUUUCAUUCCA